CCGGUUCCCAACUGAUCGGGAAGAAGACACGAAGGGGGUGGAACUUCCUGACCUGACGCUGGCGCAUCUGUCGCUAGGGACGCUUCGGCUAAGGCAACAAGAUGGACCAGGAAGAGAGGCUGACGGCCGUGGACAACAUAGUCACUCAGUUCAACACCUAUGAAGAUUUCCUCGACUCGCAGAUCACUUCUGUGGACCUGUACUACCUGGAGGAUGAAGGCCUGGCUCGCCAGUUGGUGGAGCUAGGCUACCGGGGGACCGGAGAGGUGGUGAAAAGGGAAGAUUUUGAAGCAAGGAAGGCAGCUAUAGAGAUUGCAAGGCUGGCUGAAAGAACUCAGAAAAAGUUGAGGAAACCAGGCAUGACCCCAAAACCUAACAGUGACUUGUUUAAAAACUACAUGCUAUUUACUGGCAGAGCUGCAGCUAAAAUGACAUUAACAAGUGCUGGUAAAGACCUGCAAGAUAAUUUUCUGAAGGCUCUGGCAGUGAGAGAAGAAGACAAUCACAAUGGAAAAGUGAGCACCGUGAUCUUUAUUCGUGACAAAAACUCGCAUGGGCAGGAAGUGUCAGGAUACAUUGACUAUGCCCACAGACUAAAGAUUGAAGAUUUUGAAGUCUAUUUUAGUGGAAAAAGAAGACUUCUUCCAAAACCCACAGAUAUGAGCUUUUACAACUGGGACAGUCAUAUUGCUGUUUGGAAUUCAACUCCCAAUUAUCAAGUGAUUGCUGAUAAUCUAGAAGGCUUACUUUUCAAAUACAAAAGAGACAGAAAAAUUCUCAAUGUGGAUCCAAAGGUUCCCCCAGGUGACAACUCUACUAGAAUCCCCAUCCAGACAGACCUCUACAUUCAAGCUGUCAUUUUUGACCACAUUUCCAGAAGAAAGACUUAACUACCAACAUUGCUAAAUUUAAAUGAAUGCUGUAACCAGAAGCAAAUUAGAAUAAUAAAUGAGCUCUGUAGCUGGAAGGCAAAUUAGAAUAAUAAAAGUUGGUAAAGAAAUUAGAAAGAAAACCAUAAUCUUGACUAUCUUUGUGUGGUAUAGAUAUUAAUCCCAUUUGAGGUUUUUUUUUUAAUU